UGCUGCGUCUGCGCGUUUCGCGAGGAGGCCUCGCGACUCGGCAGUCGCCUUGGGGGGGUGGGGUCUGUCCCGUCCCUAGUCUGGGCCCGAGCGGCGCGGCGCGGCGCGGCGCGGCGCGUGGGGAGCGGGUCCGGCUCUGGCUCUGGACAGCGAUGGUCCCCUGCCGCCGGGGGCGGGUGCGGAGCAGAGACCCCAGCCCCAGGGGCAGACGCUCUUCUGCUGGCAGGCCGGGUUCUGAGCACGUGGUGAAGCCGCUGGGGUUCCUCGGCCCAGCACGGGGAGGGCGCUCCGCAGAGGAGCGCGGUGGAAGUGGUGUAGGGUCCCGGAUCUGGCCCUGGGAAGACACAGGCCAUCCAACCGAAGGGACAUAGGAUGCACAGAGGACAAGCCAAUUUGUGUACAGUACUUUCGCCGGAGUCUCACCCAGUGAGUAUGGAUUCCCAAAAGGAUGUUCAGCCUCCAAAGCAACAGCCAAUGAUUUAUAUUUGUGGAGAAUGUCAUACAGAAAAUGAAAUAAAAGCAAGAGAUCCGAUCAGGUGUCGAGAAUGUGGGUACAGAAUAAUGUACAAGAAAAGAACAAAAAGAUUGGUUGUCUUUGAUGCCCGGUAAUGUGAAUUCAAAAUGUAGCUGUUUUGACCUAGUUCAUUUUAGUACACUGAUAACUUUUGGUUUGUAUACACAUCUGCUGUGGACAAAUAUAUACUUUUUCAUUCUGAUAUCAGUUGUAAAUUAUUCAAGUAAUUAAAUAAAGUUUUUAAUAUCAAA